GUACUACCAGGCAGCCUAAGGAGGGAGAGGUCCCAGGCGUGGAUUAUAACUUUGUGACCGUUGACCGGUUUAUGGAAUUGGAGAAAAGCGGAGCUCUGCUGGAGAGCGGAACAUAUGAAGACAACUUUUACGGAACCCCAAAGCCUCCAGCUGAGCCCAGCGCUCUGCUGCUAAAUGUAACGGACCAGCUGCUGCCGGGCGCCAGACCCAGCUCCGAGGGCAAAAGAAAGCGGAACAAGUCAGUCAGCAACAUGGAGAAAGCCAGCAUCGAGCCCCCUGAGGAGGAGGAGGAGGAAAAGCCCAUCGUCAAUGGCAACGGCGUCGCCGUCACUCCAGAGUCGAGCGAACAAGAGGACAAGAGCACGGAUGCUUCGGGGGACGUCGCACCUCAGAGCAACCCAGCAGAGGCCCCAGCAGAGGUGACCCAAGAGGACGGCCAGUCCCCGAAGAUGGUGGUCCCCAAACCAGAGGAAAAUGACGAGCUUGGACCCCUGCCUGACAACUGGGAGAUGGCUUACACUGAGAAAGGAGAAGUCUACUUCAUUGACCACAACACUAAGACAACAUCGUGGCUGGACCCGAGGCUCGCCAAGAAGGCAAAGCCGCCCGAGGAAUGCAAAGAGGAUGAGCUUCCAUAUGGUUGGGAGAAAAUCGAUGACCCCAUUUACGGCAGCUACUAUGUCGAUCAUAUAAAUAGAAGGACCCAGUUUGAGAACCCAGUCCUGGAGGCGAAGAGGAGGCUCCAGCAGCAGCAGCAGAUGCAAAGUCAGGGUCUGUCCUCACUGCCCCUUCCCACCAUCUACAGAGAAAAACCGCUGUUCACCAGAGAUCCGACUCAGCUGAAAGGCAGCUUCCUGUCCACGUCACUCCAAAAGAGCAACAUGGGAUUCGGCUUCACCAUCAUCGGAGGGGAUGAGCCCGAUGAGUUCCUCCAGGUUAAAAGCGUUAUUCCCGAUGGACCUGCCGCAGCUGAUGGGAAGAUGGCCACAGGGGAUGUCAUCGUCUACAUUAAUGAUGUCUGCGUUCUGGGAACGACCCACGCCGACGUGGUGAAACUCUUUCAGUCCGUUCCCAUCGGUCAAAGCGUGACACUGGUGUUGUGCCGCGGCUACCCUUUACCGUACGACCCAGAGGACGCCGCCAACACCAACAACACCACCACCAUCAUCUCCCCGCUGGGCAUAAUGGAGCAGCGGCCCAUCAUGGUGAACGGCAGGACGGGCUAUGAUAACUACCUGGACUACCUGGCCCGCACAGCGCGCUUCGUCACAGACCCCAGUCAGGAUCACGUGAACUCCCAGCAGCAGCCGCUUCUCACUGCCCACCCAGGCGACACCCACCUGGACGGCUCGCUCCAAGCCAACACUGGCACCACGCCGCCUGACAGCGUCUCCAUGGCGUCAUCAGGAGCCACGCAGGGGGAGCUGCUGACUGUGACCAUGGUGAAGGGCGUGGACGGGUUCGGCUUCACGAUCGCAGAUAGCCUAACGGGUCAGCGCGUCAAGCAGAUCCUGGGACCUCAAGGCUGUCCGGGCCUGUGCGAAGGUGACCUGAUCUUGGAGAUAAACAAGCAGCCCGUGGCGGGAUUCAACCACACGCAGGUGGUGGAGCUGCUCAAGGAGUGCGCCGUGGGAGCAGAGGCCAGCCUGGUGGUCCAGAGAGGAGGCUCAGGUCACUAUUCCCCCUGGAAGACUCCAAAACAGGUGCUGGAGCAGUGGGAGUCCCAGCAGGGCCAGAACAGCCCCGCUCAGACCAGCCGCUCAGCUCCUCUUACCUCCCACAGCGCCCCCUUCCCAACACACCACCUCCACAGGGCCUCAGUCCCAGACUCAGCCUCCGAGGCCUUGGCCCUGGCCAAACCAGAUCCCUAUGACCUAUUUGAGAAGUCCAUGGCUAUCUAUGAGAGUAGGCAAACUGUGCAGCCAAGGACUGUAUUUCCUGUGGACUCAUCAGGAGCAGAAUACCAGGACAUCGAGGUCCACCUGCGCAGACAGAAGUCUGGGUUUGGUUUUCGGGUGCUGGGCGGUGAUGAGGCCGGGCAGCCUGUGAGUGUGGAGACACGUGAGAAGAUCCUUAUUGGAGCGAUCAUAGAGAAGAGUCCAGCAGAUGUAGACGGACGGCUACGGCCGGGCGAUGAGCUGCUGUUUGUGGACGGGAUCCCGGUGGUGGGGAAACCGCACAGAUACGUCAUCGAUCUGAUGCAUGCGGCGGGUCGGAACGGACAAGUCAACCUGGUCAUCAGGAGGAGGGCGCAGGCAGUAGGUGAGUCCUGCCCAGAAAACAGCCGUAGCCCGGGCUCCGUCUCCACGCAGCACAGCUCCCCCCGCAGCGACUACACGUACGGAAACAGCACCAGCAGUACCCAGGCCCCAAACACCAGCGUAGGGAACGCCGCCGCUACUUCAGACGGGGUGUCCACCACCAACGCAAAGCCUAGCGACGUCAGAAUCAGUAGGAAGGAGAGCGAAGGCUUUGGCUUCGUCAUCAUCAGCUCACUCAACCGGCCUGAAACGGCUGCGACUAACACUGUGCCCCAUAAAAUCGGCCGCAUCAUCGAAGGAAGCCCGGCCGACCGCAGCGGGAAGCUGAAGGUGGGAGACAGGAUCCUGGCGGUGAACGGCCAGUCCAUCGUCAGCAUGCCGCACGCCGACAUCGUCAAGCUGAUCAAGGACGCAGGCCUGAGUGUCACUCUGAGGAUCAUCCCACAGGAAGAUCUCAGCAACCCUCCUUCAGCGCCGACGUCAGAGAAGCAGAGCCCCAUGGCUCAUCAGCACAGUCCAAAGGUGCAGCCCAACACCGCAGCCUCCCAGUCCAACCAAGCACCAGCAGAACCCAACCCCACUGCUGCUCAGCCCAACCCAGCACCCCAUCAGAGCCCUGUGACCCUUCCUGCUCCUCCUCCUCAGACCUACACCCACGACGGCAGUUACAGGUCAGAGGUUAAGGCAAGACAAGACGUUAAACCUGAUAUCAGACAGCCUCCUUUCACGGAUUACCGGCAACCGCCGGUGGAUUACCGGCACCCUCCUGUGGCGGACUACAGGCAGCCACCCACGCUGGACUACAGGCACCCACCGCUGCUGGAUUACAGGCCAUUCGCCAUCCCAGACUACAGGAUGCCUCCUGUUCAACUCACGCAGGACUUUGAUUACUUCACGGUGGAGCUGGAGAAAAGUGUGAAGGGCUUUGGUUUCAGCAUCCGAGGGGGGCGGGAGUACAAGAUGGACCUGUUUGUCCUGCGGCUGGCGGAGGACGGACCGGCCAUCCGCAACGGGAGGAUGAGGGUCGGGGACCAAAUCAUCGAGAUCAAUGGAGAGAGCACCCGAGACAUGACCCACGCCAGGGCCAUCGAGCUCAUCAAGUCUGGGGGCAGACGGGUUCGUCUCCUCCUGAAGAGGGGGACGGGGCAGGUCCCGGAGUACGACAAUGCCGCCCCAUGGGAUGGUCGCCCUUCAGCCUCCCCAAGCCUGUCGGAAGUAGGCCCGCCCAUCGACAGCCUCACCAUGCAAACGCCUUCAUCUCAUUUGGCCCCGGCCCCCGACCCUCCUCAUUUGCCUCCUCAGGAUGCGACUCGGGACGCCGUGGCUCGAGACAGACUGGCGGAGCGUUCCAAGAGCCCCCAGAAAGCUGAGCUGCUGCCGAACAGAGACCUCAUGGUUCAGGGGAGGAGAACCCCCACCAGCGGCGGCAGAGCAAAGAACGACGGUGGCAGGUCCAUCCAUAAGGGACACAGGAUGCAGCAGCACACUACUGAUGAAGAAAGGGACAAGGAGGGACAAGGUGGGGAGCCCAAACCUUCGAGGAGCACCAGAGGAAGGUCCAAGGAGAGGACUCGCUCUCCCAGCAGCUCCAAGGUCCCACACACUAACGGGAACAGCAGGGAAAGCGCAGAGCGUCGGGGUAAAGCCAGGCUCAGAGAGCCUGACGGCGACCUGGGAGUCGGCCGCCCCGGCAAGAGCACCAGCAGCGCCGCCACGGUGGGAAGGAAGGCCACGGUCUCACCCGGUCCGUGGAAGAUCCCUGGAUCAGACAAGCUGCCCAGCACGCUGCGCACAGGUGCGUCCACGCUCAGCAGAUAACGCCGCAGCGUCCACGUUCAUCCGGAUUAGACAGCCACCUUCACAGUCUCCUCUUCCCAUAUCCUCCCAAAGAUAUAUUAAAAAAAAAACAAAGCGAGGGGGCUUAUCUAGACCAUGUCGUUUGAACUUUUAUUUAUA